UCAGCGUCGACAGUCUUACAUCUUCCCUCAAAACGUGGCGAGUCCUAAACUUUCGUCUGUCGACUCUCUCUUCUUCUCCCUCUCUCUCUCUCUCGGACAAAGUCUCUCACUUUAAUUCUCUCUCUGUCUAUAACUCUCUAUCUCUGUUAGAAUCUGCCAAUAUACCGGUGGUCGCCACCGAAACCGUAUACGAUACGCUAUUUUUUUUUUCCUUUUUCAUUUCGGCGAGCUGGCUGCCUGAGCUUCAGCUACUACCUUUUGUUUUUAUUAUAGAGAAAUUUUAAAGUUUGUUAUGAGAAGAUUAUAAAACCCCUGGGUGUCUAUGACGUCACUCAGACCAUCACUGAAAAGGAAUGCCUUCCUUGAUGGGGGAAAAUGUGGAUUAAAAAUGAAGCAGUUGCCGCUUAUGGGAGUUUUGUUUACAGCGAUGUUGUUCAUUGUGUAUAGAACCACAAUUUAUCAAUAUCAACAUACACAGAUGGAAUCAAAAUUACUCCCAUUUGACUCAUUAAAGGAAUCAGCUUUGGCUUCUGGAUUGUUGGGUGGUUUGCCUCUGGGCAUCAUACGGGCUAGUUCAGAUUUGGAGUUAAAGCCUCUAUGGUCAACAAGUAGUUCAAGGUCAAAGAUUGAUAAUUCUAGCCAUCGCAACUUGCUGGCUAUUCCAGUUGGUAUUAAGCAAAAGCACAAUGUUGAUGCCAUUGUCCAAAAGUUUCUUCCAGAGAAUUUUACUGUUAUUUUAUUCCAUUAUGAUGGCUUUCUGGAUGGGUGGUGGGAUCUUAAAUGGAGCAACAAGGCCAUACACAUAGUUGCUCAGAACCAAACAAAGUGGUGGUUUGCAAAGCGAUUUCUGCAUCCAGCUGUUGUGUCUAUCUAUGAUUACAUUUUUCUAUGGGAUGAAGAUUUAGGGGUCGCAAAUUUUGAUCCAGGAAGAUACUUGGAAAUUGUAAGAUCAGAAGGGCUGGAGAUUUCUCAGCCAGCUUUAGACCCUAAUUCAACUGACAUACAUCAUAGAAUUACCAUAAGGUCCAGAAUGAAGAAGUUUCAUAGAAGAGUCUAUGAUAGCAGAGGCAGUACUAAAUGUUCUGAUGUCAGUGAGGGGCCUCCAUGCACUGGAUUUGUGGAAGGAAUGGCUCCUGUAUUUUCAAGAUCUGCUUGGUAUUGUGCUUGGCAUCUUAUACAGAAUGAUCUAGUCCAUGGAUGGGGAAUGGAUAUGAAACUCGGAUAUUGUGCACAGGGAGAUCGCACGAAGAAGGUGGGAGUCAUUGAUAGUGAGUACAUUGUUCAUCAGGGCAUACAAACUUUGGGUGGGGGUGGACCUCCUGGAAAAAAGACUUCAACAACCAGUGAAGAAUUGACCAAGAAAAGUGGUGCUUCACCCAUGGAUCCUCGAAUGGAGAUUAGAAGACAAUCUACAUGGGAGCUUCAAAUCUUUAAGGAGAGGUGGAAUGAAGCUGUGAAGGAGGACAAGGCCUGGGUUGAUCCCUUUGAAGGAAACCAAAAACACAAAAAAAGAAGACGGCAGCACCGCCGCAACGUUUAACCAUUCGACUUAAACCAAGCAGAUUGAAUAUACUUGUUUUGGCUAGUUCAGCUUCAUCAACACAUGCAAUACACAGUGGUACCCAUACAUGUAAUCUAGUUUGUGUAGCCUUCAUUUGGUAAUCAUAAUUAUUUCAUUAAUUGGACAUCAAAAAUAGUUUUGUUCUUGCAAUUCAGAUUUUCUUGUGUAUCUAGUUCGAGCUAA